AUGUUGGCGUCCCAAGUCAACGACUCUACUCUACCAUCCGGCAGCUCAAAUGGUGGCGGCGACACGGUUAUUGCGCAGUAUCUGGCGACCAAAGUGAGCUGGUGGGCCUCGUACCCUCGCAUCCUCGUGGUUACUGCCUCCACGCUGAGCACGUACAACCCAGAAACGUUCCGGUGCACCAACCAGUGGGAGAUCGCCGACAUCGACGAUGCCGAGCUGUCCCCAACCAACAACCAUUUUGUGCUCAGACUCGAGAAGUCGCGCUUCCGCUCAGCCAAGAUAAAGUUUGUAUGCCCUGCACGAGGCCAUCUGCUGUCGCUUUUGGCUCGCUUGCGUCGUCAAGCUCUAGGAAAGCCACUGCUGUAUCGACUCGUGAAUACUCGGAGACUCCACUACCGAUGCAUUGAGAAAUACGCCGAUGGGUCACACCAGCUGCUGUUCAUACAGGUGGCAGUGUCCAGCAUCAUCUUCUUGGAUGAAUGCGGUCGUCGGGUGCAGAUCCAGCCACUCCUGUAUUUAAAUCUGGCGGCCUUCUCGAGUGAACAUCCCGAAGGUAUGGUGUUGUCCACAGCUUUCCAUGAUCGGUUCUUCCUUUGUCCUGAGAGACACGAGUGUCUGAAUGAGAUCGUGGCUGCCGCUCAAGACGCGGGAGUGGAGCUGUACAAGACGUCGACGCACAUCACGGCGCUGCAGCUUCACCUCCACAAUACGCAGGUGCUGGAUCGUGCCUCGGUCAUCCGAUUCGACGUGAAGAAGAUCAGAGAUACGGAGAAAAACGGUGAUGCAGCGCCUGAAAGUGAUGGCAGUGAUGGUGGCAAGAAGGCGUUUAAUGAGAUCCAGCUGGUUCUGCAAGGUGAUGCAAUCGUGGAGAUGCACCGCUCCAAGCGCACUGUCAUCGCACGUCCGUACAGCGCGCUGCUAGCGAUUGUUCGCCCGGAUUGGGAUCCACGAACGCUUAUACUGGAGUUCAAGCAAGAGGAUACGCUGGUUCUUGAUCUAGAUGCUCGCGAUCAGCUUGUCACUUUGCUUUUGCUGGUGUGUCGAGAAGCAGGGAAGCACAACGUCGUCCUUAUCUCCUCGGGUCUUAACUAUUGCCGGUUCUACCAUCCGCACACUGCUGACACCGCUAGUACCGACAGCAGUAUUGCUGGUAUGUCGUUGACAACGUUCCUGCUGAGACGCAUUACGCAAACAAGCGCUCGCCCCGAAGAUUGCACCGGCGGAAGAAGCCGAGGCAGCAGUGUGUGGUCUCCCCGCAGACGACGCGGUGCCAGUGUAUCGACACCAAGAGCUUCUCAAGGCUCAAGUGGGCGUGGAUGGUUCCAGCGGCGAAUCAAGGACAAGCGCAUGUCAGUGCCUGUAUACGAAAUGCGCAACUCCAUCGACUCGGACCUGUCCAUGAACGAAGGUCUGGGCAUCGUCAUCGCGAUGGAGGAGCUCAAUGCCAAUCUCCCACUUGAAGAACUCACGCAAAGUGGACCCGGCCAAGAUGAUGUGGUUAACUUGGCCAUGGAGCUUGUAUUCGGACAUCUCGUAACGCUGGUAGCGACACUGCGACGGUACGGAGACACCACCAGCUCGGAGCUCAUCACUUCUCUGCAAGCACUUGUGCGCUUGUAUCACCAUCCAGAAGCAUGCUUCACAGACGACACGGUACGUCCUCCUUUGUUUGACACUUUACACGAACUUGUAUUGCAGCAAGACGUUCUCGUUUGCUACUGGUGUCUCAGACUGCUGCAGUGCUUCUUGGGCGUCCGAACUCCAAACACUGUUCUUGAUUCCAAUCCAGCUGGCGACCAGCGGGCCAAGAUGAUUCAGCACUUUAUCCAGCACGGGACACUUCAGCAUGCCAUUGUCGAUCUCAUCCCUGCCUCAUUUGCUGCCUCAAAUGACUCAUCAUACAUGGCAACCUCGUCCAGUGUCGGACGAGCGUUCUGGACAGUAGAUCCAGAGGUAGAACGUGGCCCCCCAUCGAGCCUCUCGUCAAAUCAGUCCUCCGUUCUGUUUGCCAUGGAAGCUCGAGUGCAGAACCAGAUCAAUGUGAUAUUUUACGAAACGUUGCUCACGCUCCAGCACUUGUUGGUGUGUCUGCGAAGUGCAGCGAAAGAGCAGCGAGUGGCACGUGAUCGUCAGAAUUAUCUCGCGGUGGGCAACCGACAAAAGCUUCAAACCCACGACGUGCCAGCUGAAAAACAGACAGAUGCACUGGCAGGUCAGCUUCUGGAAAAACACCGAUUCCUGAUGGAUUCUAUUGUCGACGUCCGCCUGGUACGCAUGGCCGAGACAUCGGUGGCACUUAUGAAGUUCGUGCUGAGCCACUUUGCGACCAAAAUCACAGCUGAUCAGCUUCAAAGGGCACAAAAUAGCAACCAACUCUCACAUUCUAGUGGUGAAGAAAUGCGAAAGAAGCGGUUGGGCGAUCUUGGAUCAUUUCUCGAUUACUAUCAUGCCGUUAUUGAGGGAAGGAUGGAUACUCCGUCACUGUUGUUUGGUACCGAGAGGACGAUUGAGAUGCCAGUCGGACCUUUUAGCAAUGGCACUAGCGAGUCCACAAAUGCAGCAAUGGAGAGGCUGCUCAACCCGGGUGCCACGAAUCGUCUGGGUACGGUUAUGUCGAAGGGGUCCAUGAGACUUGAACACCUUAAUCCGAGCGAGCCACCGACUUCAAUUCGUGAUGAAAGCUUCCUGAUACCAUUGAAACCAGAAUCCGCCAUAGAAUCAUUGGAAAAGAAGCUAUACAAGAACCCGCCCGAGCACGAUGUCAGUGACAGCUUUGCUUCCAGUAGCAGCAACCAAGUGUAUCAAUCAUCUGAGCCGGAGACAAGUCCCAUAACGUCAAUCCGUAGUGCUGUCGUUCUCAAAGACGACAAUGAAGAAGAUAGUGUCGAUCUGCUACUGAGCAGUGAUCAUGUCCCCACCGCUGCUCAAUCUCCACGGGCCACACGCAAACCUCUUCAGGUAUCAGUUGGAGCACGUCGAACAGCGAAUGAAUGCGACGCAUGCAUUGGAUGCAACGACGUGUGCACGAAUGAGCGUUGCUUCUUCUGCGCUGAAAAGGAAUACCAACUCAAAGUCACAUUUGCCGGGUCUGCGGUGUCUACUGGACAAACACUGCGUCAAACAGCAUGGAAACAUCGUGAGCCGUCGUCAAUCGACAGCUCUUCCAGCAUUGAACGCGAGUUAUCUUCCUGCGAGAUGAAGCGGCACCAAAGCGAGCACUCAUGCUGGAUCCGCGCCAACGACAGUGUUUUUGACGUGACAGAAUUGCUCAGUGUACAUCCUGGUGGAGCGCGAGUACUUCUGGAAGCUGCUCAGCACGGCGAAGAUUGCAGCGCGAUCAUGAAACAGCACCCGCCAGCAGCGCUGGAAAUGAUGAUGCAGUAUCGUCUAGGACGAUACUACGAGUGCAGCAAGCCUUGA